AUGGUACAGUUCCACCCGGUGGAGCUCACAAAGGGCUUUAAGGCCGCGAAAGCACUAGCCGAUGCCUAUACAUGGGAAGAGAAGUUGGGAGAAUUGGUAAAAGGUGAAACAUCAAAAGCUGUGGUAGAAGUGCGCCAUUUCGAUGAUGUCAGCUUCGGCGAGCUCAUCCAUAACCUGAAGAGUGACAUAGCGCUUGAAAUCGAGCAUCAAAGCCUUCCCUCAGAUCGGACGCUCGAUCCGAAAGUCAAGGCGACCUGGGUGGCCACCGCGCGAAAGGUCUGUGGCUAUCGCGUGCUGAUGCGCUGGAUUGGUUGUGAAGAAGACGAAUCGGAGCACGACUUUUGGGUCAACUUUUGCUCAGCUGACAUUCACCGCAUCGGAUGGACGAGCGAGAACCGGCCCAAUGGCGCUUUCUACAUUCCGCCUCAAUUCUUAUUCGAUCGAAGGACUGAUUGGCCAUCAUUUUUUGUGGAAAAGUUGUCGCCGCUUCGCACUGUGGUGCGUCAGUUCGAAACCUUCAAGCGCCAGGUCACCAAGUGCAAGCUACAGGUUGGCGAACGGGUCGAACUUCUCGACAACCAAGUGUCCACUCGGGUGCGCCCAGCUACAGUCGUUAAGACCGUUGGCCGCCGCGUUUGUCUUACGGUGAAAUCUACUGAUUGCGACGGCAAGCAUGACCCGCAUGCUGAAGACAUAGGCGAAGAGCGUCAGUAUGAAAGCGACUUCUGGUGCGACCAGUCGUCCUACUUCAUCUUCCACGUCGGUUGGGCCCAUCUCAACGACUACACCUUGUACGCGCGCGACGCAUACACUAAACACGCCGCCGAGGUAGCUGGCGCGCUUUCCAAGGGAGUUGAGCCAGACUGGAGUGGAUCGGAUGUGCGGCCUGAGACGGUGAUGGAGUGGACGGAAUCGAGCGAUCCGAAGGCGGUUCAGUUCGACGUCGGCAUGAAAUUGGAGUUGCUCGACCCGCUCGACACUACGUUCAACCAGCUGAAGGUCGCCACCGUCAUCAACAUCCUCAAGCGCGGCUACAUCGUCGUUGGAGCUGAUGGCGAUGACCAGGAGCGCGAGGCCAUCCCCUUCCACUGCACCUCCAACUUUCUAUUCCCAGUCGGCUACGCAAAGAAGUACGGAAUUAAACUCGUGCCACCAAGCAAUUCCGACGCCAAGAAAUUUGACUGGAACAGCUACCUGAAGCAAACCCAGGCGAGCGCUGCGCCCGAGUUCCUCUUCCCGCACGUCCCAUUGGCCGCUGAGAUGGCUGAGAAGUUUCCGAUUGGUGCGUCGCUGGAGGCGUCCGACCUGAACGAGUCGCAGCUAAUCUGCCCGGCCCACAUCGUCGCCAUCAAGGGACGAUUGCUGGAGAUUGGCUACGAUGGAUGGGAUUCCACCUACAACCAGCUGUUUGAUUAUCGGUCUCACGACAUCUUCCCCCUGGGCUGGAGCGAGGCGCACGGCUACAAGCUCGAACUACCCCACGGAUACCAAGAGCCGUCAAAGAAGAAGCGCAAGCAC